CAUUUAAGGCCUGGUGAGAGCAGCCUUAAGCAAAGCAGCCUGCAGCCCCGCAGCCCCGCCAUGGGAGACCUUUUCAUCCGCCACAUUGCCCUCCUGGGCUACGAGAAGCGGUUCGUGCCCAGCCAGCACUAUGUGUACAUGUUCCUCGUGAAGUGGCAGGACCUGUCAGAGAAGGUGGUCUACCGACGCUUCACCGAGAUCUACGAGUUUCACAAAAUCUUAAAGGAAAUGUUCCCUAUCGAGGCUGGGGACAUCAACCCAGAGAACAGGAUCAUCCCCCACCUGCCAGCACCCCGGUGGUUUGAUGGCCAGCGGACCGCUGAGAGCCGCCAGGGCACACUCACCGAGUACUGCAGUGCGCUCAUGGGUCUGCCCGCCAAGAUCUCCCGCUGCCCCCAUCUGCUGGACUUCUUCAAGGUGCGCCCGGAUGACCUCAAGCUGCCCACCGACAGCCAGGUGAAGAAGCCGGAGACAUACCUGAUGGCCAAGGAUGGCAAGACUAAUGCAGCCGACAUCACCGGGCCCAUCAUCCUGCAGACGUACCGCGCCAUCGCUGAUUACGAGAAGAGCUCGGGCUCCGAGAUGGCCCUGGCCUCGGGCGACGUGGUGGACGUGGUGGAGAAGGGCGAGAGCGGUUGGUGGUUCUGCCAGAUGAAGGCGAAGCGCGGCUGGGUCCCGGCGUCCUACUUGGAGCCCCUGGAUAGUCCUGACGAGGCAGAGGACCCAGAGCCCAACUAUGCAGGUGAGCCCUAUGUCACCAUCAAGGCCUACACUGCUGUGGAGAAGGACGAGGUGACCUUGGGUGAGGGCGAGACCAUUGAGGUUAUCCAUAAGCUCCUGGACGGCUGGUGGGUCAUCAGGAAAGAGGACAUCACAGGCUACUUCCCGUCCAUGUACCUGCAAAAGUCGGGGCAGGACCCGGACCAGGCCAAACGCCAGAUCAAGAACCGAGGGGCGCCGCCCCGCAGGUCCUCCAUCCGCAACGCGCACAGCAUCCACCAGCGGUCGCGGAAGCGCCUCAGCCAGGACGCCUAUCGCCGCAACAGCGUCCGCUUCCUGCAGCAGCGCCGCCGCCCGGCUGGGCCGGGACCACGCAUCGCGGGGGGCGCCAUCCACAACGUGGAAAUAAUGGAGAUGGACAAGCACAGAAGGCUUAUGGUUUACUUGUUGGGAGUCUCAACAGGCACCGGCGCCAGAGAACAGCACAGCAUCUAUGCAGACAAACGUGUGUGAGUGAACACUGCCGUGGGCUAAGUUUUAAAGGACCCGGCCACAAUGCAUGUAGCUGUGCUUCAACCGGUCACAGGGACAGAAAUGCACUUUAAGAAAAUGCCGGCAAAAUCUAGCGAGACAGAAAGGCAGUGGUUUUCUGGGGCUGAGGGCAGGAAUGGGAAGUGACUGAAAAUGGGUGGGAGGAAUCUUUUUGGGGUAAUGGAAAUGUUUUAAAAUUAGAAUGUGGUAAUCAUUGCCCAACUCUGUAAAUUUACUAAAAAGCACUACUAAAAAUCACUCAAUACAAGUAAAUUUCACAGGACAUAAGUUAUACUGCAAUAAAACUAUUAAAAAUGUAAAAAGUCAUUCAAGAACCAGGCAGACGAAUUUAGAUAUAAUAAUAAUUUAGCAUUAAAAAAACCCAAAAAACUAAACACUUCAGGUUUCAAGCUGUCAUUGAGGAGGCUCCCUAGUGACUCAAACCCUUCAGCCCGCCCCUACCCUCACCCGCCCCCUCAGCCUCAGCCUCACAGGAUUCUGACGGACUUGCAGGGAUUCCAGGGGAGUAGUAAAAACCUUCAACAAGCAGAAUGGCUUGGGCACUGCCCAUCAGAACAGAUGUCAGCCUCAGCACUGGACGGGGGCUCUGGGCCCUGGCUGUGCCAGACACUACCUUUUGGUUCAGAAGUAUGGGGAGGCCGGGGGGCCUGAGGUAGGGCAGGGGUGGCCCGGCUGGCACUAUUUACCAGCCAGCAAGCAGGAUUCGUUAUUGUGACCAUGAGUGCGGCCGUGCUGUGGCCACAGGGGCACCUGCCACAAUGAACUGUGGAGUAAGACUGUGUGACAUGCACGCAAGCGACACCAAACUGCUGCACAGGAAGACAAAACGCCUUGUUAGUAGCAUGUAAGCAACAGAAUUAGAGAGUCCUGUGACACGCGGGGAAAAGUGAAGUGCGUGUCAAGAGCAGAAUGCCUGCACUAAGGCCUCGCGAGGGCUCUGGGAGCAAGGACCCUGUGGUGAGGGCCCACUGAGAUGCUUCACCCAGCACCAGGGUGCUAAACGUUCUUCUUACCACACCAAGUACUUACCAGUACUCAGCUCAAUUCCUGGAAGCGGUCUGGAGAGAAAGAGAUAUUGUUGAAUGCAACAAAGUUCAUCUGCCCUCUGUUGUCCAUUUAGCUCUAGUCAACAGACUUCUGCUGAGUGUCAACUCUAUGCUAGGUGCAGUGAGAGAUCAAACUGAUACCGGCUGCCCACCACCACCGAGAAACAGAAGAGGACACACACAACUCCCAGAGGCAGAAUGUGACAAAACGCAGCUGAGGGGCAGUCUGGCCCAGCAGGAAGUGCAUGGACCCCAGGGCCAGCCUCUGGGUCACAAAUCCCAGUGCUGCCACUUAACAGCCCCGUGACCUCGGGCAAGUGGCUCGAUUGUUCUCUGCCUCAGUUUCCUCAUGUAAAGUGGGAUUAUAACAAUACCUAACUCUCAGGGUUGCUGAGGGGAGGCAGUAAAAGGUUAUAUGAGAAAAUUCUCCCAGCAGGUUGGCACACAGUGAACACGACCCUAUAGGACAGAGUACAACUGCCCCUCAGGGUUUCCAAGGAGCAGCUGGUGGAUUCGAACAGCUGACCUUUUGGUUAGCAUCCUGAGUGCUUAACCACUGCGCCACCAGGACUCCCAAUGCCAUGUGGGGGUUGGCAACUGUAAUUAUUAGUACAAACAUCUCAUGGAGGGAUGCCGUUUGAGCUUGUACUUAGGUAGGGCUAGAAGGGGGUUAGGAGUGAGAUGGUAGAUUUCUGAGUGCCAGUCCUACAGGGCGUGAGCAGCAGACAAAUGCAGCGACCUCAGCUAGUGGAUGUGGGUGGCUGGGUGGCAGGCUUGUCUGAGGUGUGCUUCAGAGCUCCCCCUGGUGGCAGAAGUGGGCUGAGCCUGGAGGGGAACGCGGACUCCAUCGACUGUUAGGCAAAGGCUUGAGGUCUGACCCAAGAGAGUGGGUGCAGAAACAAACACUGAGCCGUGGCCACUGCUGAGGUGUUCGCACGGGUGGCCCCAGCCGCCUGCAACGGGGAAGCAAGAUCGUGUGCUGAAAGUGGGGAGCGGGCGCCCCAGGCACGAGGAGUGGGGGGAAUGGUAGAGAUGGCUACUGCGAGAAAAGAGAAAGGGGUGAUUUGUGAAUGAACAAAAGGCUGCUUAAAGCAUCAAGAGCCGACCAGGUUAGGGCGGGGUCUAGGCCGCAGGGAUUUACAAAGAAGCCGGUUUACACUUUCUUUUUUCCCUUGUUCUUUAAAAAAGAGAGGAAUCUGAGAAAACAUGGAGGUCUGUUUGUUCAGAAUUUAGACUGGUAAAAUGGGCUUGGUAGGAGUUAGAGCGCAAAGGAUUCUGGGGAGGACCAAGCUGCUGAAGAGGUUAACAACCACAGUUCAAGUUCAAAGUCGUGUCUACAGGGAUUGACAGAAAUGUAACUUUUCAAGUGAUUUAUCUAGUCCCUUUCUGUCAGUGUGAAACAAACUAAGAACAUCUUUUCCUUACGUACAGAAUCUAGUAACAGCCUUAACAAUGUGAACAAAAACUUCCAAUAAGUAAACAAGCGCCUGUGUUUCACCUGUUGACUGCAUUGUACUGCAAACCCUUCCCUGCACGUGCCUGCUGGGAAGGUAACUUAGCCUCCCGAACUCCAGAUGUGUUCCCAACCUCCAGAUGUGUUCUCAGAUGAGCAGGGAACACUCACUCACCGGACGACUGUGAACUUGAUACACUCGGCAGCAUCCAAGAUCCUCCUCAUGGAGCUGAUUUCCAGGUAGCCGGGGGCUUUGAAUGCCACCCCCGCAGGCAUGCCGUCGACCACCACGCAUCCAGGGUUGAAUGUGAUUUUCCUGUAGGGAACUUUCACAGGGAAAUUUACUCCAAUUGCCUCACCUGCGAUAAGACAAGCCAUGUAAAAUGAGUUGACUUUGCCAUUUACUUUUUUUUUCUUUAAUAAUAUUUUAUUGUGUUUUAGGUGAAAUUACAUAGCAAAUUAGGUUCCCAUUUAACAAAUUUUAUACAAAUUAUUCUGUGACAUUGGUUACAAUUUUCACAAUGUGUCAGCGUUAUUAUUUCCAGUCUGUCUGUCCUGUUUCCAGUGAUGUGGCUUCCCCUCCCCUCCUUGCCUUCUUAUCUUUGCUUUUGUGUAAAUGUUGACCCUCUGGCCUCAUACAGUUGAUUGUUUAGGGGAUACAUUACUCAUGGAUAAUACUGUUUAUUUUAUAAGCCAAUCUAUUAUUUGGCUGAAAGGUGACUGCUGGGAGUAGCUUCAGUGCCAAGUUCAAACGGUAUCUUAGGGCAAUACUCAGGGGUUCUCUAGUCUGUAUCAAUCCAGCAGGUCUGGCCUUUUUUAGGAAUUUGAAUUUUGCUCUACAUUUCUCUCCCAUUCUAUCCAGGACCUUCUACUGUAACCCUGGUCAGAGAACGGUCUUGAGUGGCAGCUGGGCACUAUCUAGUUCCUCUGGUCUCAGGUUUGUCACUUACUUUUGCCAAGCUGUGCUUUGUGUUUAAUGUCAAGGUCUUAAAAUCAUUCCAACCAAUUGACAACACUGGUGACUGGCUGUGAUUGCUUUAUUUUCUAGCAGUACUAUGAUGCAUGGAUAUAAUUUUACUGAUUUUGAAACUGGCAACGGGUAGUCGGCUCAGUUUCUCCAUGCAUUCAAUAGAGAUUACCACAGUAUCUACCUGAGAAGGUUUUUGUGAGGACUGAAUGAUUAAACACACGUCAAGCACUAAAAACAACCCUUGACUGUGGUAACAACUCAAUAAAUCAGACAGCUAGUAUCAUUAUAGUAUCCUAAUGAGUCAGUGUUUCCGUGUAAAAACUCUAAAGUGAACAUACAUGUUGACUGAGUUUCAUCGUAGCUCCUUCAAAGAAAGAUCAAUUUCUUACAGGACGAAGUACCCAGGUUAAAAGAAGUAUUUCAGGCACAUAAAUUCUGGUUAUCUAGUAAUAUAACAACUUACCAAAUUUUCUGCUAAAGAGCUCACUGACUUGUUCUCUCAGCUGUUUAAUCUUUUCAGCACUUGAUAACCUUUCCUUCUCAUUAUCUAAAAACAAACAAACAAUCCAGAAGUAGUUAUGCAUUUUCCCCCAAGAAAGUUGUUGCAGGAAAUGCCUGUAAGCACCUGGCUUAUCAUUCAUUUUACUCUUAGUGCUGACUAAGCAUUUUGGAAAUUUGCGUAUGGAAACUAUCACAGACAAUAGAGAUUUUCCAAAUUAUAUGUAAAAAUGCUACAUACUACUUUUAGGGAGCAUUUUCAACAUCAUGCAAGACAACGAUGUCCACUUUGACCAUCCCCUUCAACCCUGUCCUGGAGAUCCUAGCCAGUGCAAUAAGACAAAUAUAAAGAAUAAGAUGUACCAGGAUCAGAAGGGAAUAUUUUUUAAUACUUUAAAUUUUUAUUCUAUUUAAUUCUGAAUAACUAAAGCAAUCACAUGAUUCAAAACUCAAGGGGUAGAAAACAAAACGUAUCUUAGAUCUCCAUCCCAGCUGUCAGUUUCUUUCCCUGGAGGAACCGUGCCUUUGGAUUCUUUCGUAUCUUUCCAGAUAUAUUUUACAUGCACAUAUCUGGAAAAGGUUACUUAAAGCAAGUAAGUCUCUUCCCUGAGGCCAGUUCCAGUUCUAUGGCAACUGGUGUUUGGAGUUGUCCUGUGGUGGAUUUUCCAGGUAACGCUGGGGCCAGGCUGGGAGAAGCAACGUGUCUGAUUCACAUUGUCUGCUACGGGCAAGAUAUUCAUCGUGUGGCCACCUGCAGCAUAUUUUAUACUCCUAGUUGUCAGGGUAAACUAAGCAAAAAACAACAUCUCCAAGGGGCUAACCCACAUCAUAAAAGACUUAAGACAAACUGAAAAGACAAUAAAAACUAAACCAUGAUACAGUCAGAUAAGCCUUCAUACCUGGAACUGUCACCUGAACGAUGUUAAGAUCCUCAACACCUGCUGCAGAACUUGUAACAGUAGAUGAAUUUGAGUUUCCUUAAAACAGAAUUUGAAGUUUAGAAUUUACAGAAAAUGAGGCGGAAUUCUAAAAUGUCACGGUGCUACUUUGAGCAGAAACCCAGGCUGAGUUUGUACAAGUUCAGAGAACACGUGGCUGCGGAUCCCAAGUGGUUGGCUGUUAGCUGACAGUUCAGCCUCAGGCAAGUUAACGUGACGCCAGAGGGGAGAGGGCACCAGUUUACUGCUUAGCCCCUAAUACUUCAACUGGAGUCCCCGGGUGGUGCGACUGGUUAACAUGCUUCGUUAUAAAUCGAAAGGUUGGAGGUUCAAGUCCUCCCAGAGGUUCCUUGGAAGAAAGGCCUGGUGAUCUAAUUUUGAAAAAAUCAGCCACUAAAAACCCUAUGGAGGAUGGUUCUACUCCAACACCCAUGGGAUCACCACAAGUUGGAAUUGACUGAAAGGCAACUGGGGACGUGGACUGAGGCUACUUCCAUCAGUCUGAUUUAAAAAGGAGUGUGUUAAAAAGUAUAUUUCCCUUGUUAUUCUCAGUUUAAAGGAAAGACAAAGGGGAAAUGAGACCUAAAUAUGUCUUAGAGAACAUUUAAAAAGCAGACAUCCUAUGAAAAAUGAUUUAAGAGAAACAGCCAAAAAAGGCUCAGGCAGGGUUGAAUUGCAAAAGGAAAGCUGAUAUGGUCAGUUUUCCGAUCGAAGGAUAAACCCAAUAGUCACGUAAGUUAAAUGUGGAAAAUGUUAACAGAUCUAUCUAAUCUGAGGGUCUAAAAGCGCCAUCCAUACGUUCUGUAAACGAUAAAUACUCAAGGUUUGAGAGACUGCACAUGAAGACGAAGACCUCUGUGUAAGAGCUCCCCAAAAUCCAGGUGCUUGGUGUAAGAGACGCUUCAGCCCAAGGUGUAAGCUGAACUCCAUCUUGUUUUAAAAACUCUAAGUUGCUUUUCUUCUUCUCGCCAACUUUGGGAGAAGCAGCUCAGAGCCAUGGCUUCUACGUGCAUUUGCAGAGGGUCCUGAGAAGUGGUAUAGUUUAACUAGAUAAAAAGAAGGAAUUAUUUUUUCAGCAGGCUGUAACAACAAAGACUGUAAUAACGAUCGUUUAGGAAUUUUCCAGGAAAGGGUCUUGAAAAUGUUUGCAAGAGAUAAGAGAUCAUAUUAGGAAAUAGAUUGCAAAUUGUUUAUUUAGAGGUCAGUUAGUUACGGCUGUGUGAGGGCACUCUAAAACUGAGAUGCUUGGCAUGAUCAUAAAUGACUGUUCCAGGUCUAAAUCUGUUGAAUUCGUCAGGAUGGUCUCAGAAGAAUGCUUGUACAGCAGAAAGAUUGUAAAUCCAUGUUUAAAAAAUAAAUCAGCUACAAACUAUCAGUCUCUACUUGUCCAGAGCUAAAGAGAAAAAAGGAAACCAAAGACUCAAAGAAGAAACUAGUCUGCAGAACCAAGAGUCUACACGAACAAAUCUGGGCGUGCUCUUUGACACCUCAGGGACACAAGUCGCCACAUCACCAACAAAGGCCCUCAGGUUUUUCUGCAUGGCCUCACGCUGCUUCAAACAGUUCACACACACAACUGUUUGGAAGAUAUCUGCUGCUCUUGAUCUCAAAAUUACUUGCUUUUCUGAGAAAUCUAAUGAAUCCUGGAAGGUCUAACUCUAAUAGCCAGGCUCAGCAUAGAGAGGUUCCUGAAGCUACUGUGGGUUCCAUCACCACCUCAAAAUAAGGGAAAUAUUUCAGGGUAGUAAACACUGCUAACGAAGUCCCCGGGUGCUGUACAUGGUUAACAUGCUCGGUUACUAGCCUAAAGGUUAGCGGUUCGAGUCCACCCACAGGUGUCUUGGAAGAAAGGCCUAGUGAUCUACUUCUGAAAAAUCACCUUGAAAACCCUACAGAGCACAGUUCUACUCUAACACAUAGGAGGUUGCCAUGAGUCAGAGCUGACUCAAUGGCAACCAGUAACAUCGUUACCCAGGCCCCAGUGCCGUCGAGUCGAUUCCGACUCAUAGCGCUAAGCCUCCAGAAAACCCAGAACCAAAUUCAGGUCAUCAAAAGGGAGUUUUUAUUUAGAGGCCAUUGAGCUUAUGUUAAUGGUAGUGGAAUGAUUUCAAAAAGGGUAGCGAGAAUGGUUCCACAACUUGAAGAAUGUAAUCAAUGUCACUGAACGUGCUCGUAGGAAGUGUUGAAAUGGUGUAUGUUUGGUUAUGUGUAUUUUCACCACAAUAGAAAAAGUUAAAACAAUUUUAAAAAAGUUAACAGUAAGUUAAAAUAUAAAUUUAAAAAUACAAAAUUUGUAAAAAAUUCCUUUUAGGAAUGAGUAACAAAUGACAUUGUGAGGAUUUUCAUUUUCUCUGUGUUGAGGUAUAAUCCAUACUGAAGGCUGUGGUCUUUGAUCGUCAUCAGAAAGUGCUUCAAGUCCUCUUCACUUUCAGCAAGCAAGGUUGUGUCAUCUGCAUAACGCAGGUUGUUAAUGAGUCUUCCUCCAAUCCUGAUGCCUUGUUCUUCAUAUAGUCCAGCUUCUCCAAUUAUUUGCUCAGCAUACAGACUGAAUAAGUAUGGUGAAAGGAUACAACCCUGAUGCACACCUUUCCUGACUUUAAACUACGCAGUAUCCCCUUCUUCUGUUCAAACAACUGCCUCUUGUUCUAUGUACAGGUUCUUCAUGAACACAAUCAAGUGUUCUGGAAUUCCCAUUCUUCGAAAUGUCAUCCAUAAUUUGUUAUGAUCCACACAGAUGAAUGCCUUUGCAUAGUCAAUAAAAUACAGGUAAACAUCUUUCUGGUAUUCUCUGUUUUCAGCCAUGACCCAUCUGACAUCAGCAAUGAUAUCCCUUGUUCUACAUCGUCUUUGGAAUCCGGCUUGAAUUUCUGGCAGUUCCCUGUCGAGGUACUGCUGCAACCACUUUUGAAUGAUUUUCAGCAAAAUUUUAUUUGUGUGUGACAUUAACGAUAUUGUUUGAUAAUUUCCACAUUCUGUUGGAUCACCUUUCUUUGGAAUGGGUACAAAUGUAGAUCUCUUCCAGUCAGUUGGCCAAGUAGCUGUCUUCCAAAUUUCUUGGCACAGAUGCGUGAGCACUUCCAGCCCUGCAACCAUUUGUUGAAACAUCUCAGUUGGUGUUCCAUCAAUUCCUGGAGUUUUGUUUUUCACCAGUGCCUUCAGUGCAGCUUGGAGCUCUUCCUUCAGUAGCAUCAGCUCUUGAUCAUAUGCUACCUCCUGAAAUGGUUGAAUGUUGACCAAUUCUUUUUGGUACAAUGACUCUGUGUAUUCCUUCCAACUUCUUUUGAUGCUUUCUGCAUCCUUUAAUAUUUUCUCUGUAGAAUUCUUUAAUAUUGCAACUUGAGGCUUGAAUUUUUUCUUUAGUUCUUUCAGCUUGAAAAAUGUCAAGUGUGUUCCUCCCUUUUGGUUUUCUAUCUCCAGGUCUUUGCACAUGUCAUUGUAAUACUUUAUAAUCAUUAUAAUACUUUAACUUUGUCUUCUCAAGCUGCUCUUUGACAUCUUGUGUUCAGCUCUUUUACUUCAUCAUCUCUUUCGUUUUAGCUACUCUACAUUCAAAAGCAAAGUUCAGAGUUUCUUCUGGCAUCCAUUUUCUUCUUUUCUUUCUUUCCUCACAACUGGACCAAAAAGCAACAUCAUCAUGAAUGGAGAAAAUAAUGAAGUUGUCAAGGAUUUAAUUUUACUUGGAUUCACUAUCAACACCCAUGGAAGCAGCAGUCAAGAAAUCAAAUGACUCACUGAAUCGGGCAAAUCUGCUGCAAAAGGCCUCUUUAAAAUGUUAAAAACCAAAGAUGUCACCUUAAGGACUAAGGUGCACCUGACCCAAGCCAUGGUGUUCUCCAUCGCCUCAUAUACAUAUGAAAGCUGGACAAUGAAUAAGGAAGACUGAAGAAUUGAUGCCUUUGAAUUAUGGUGUUGGUGAAGAAUACUAAAUAUACCAUGGACCUCCAGAAGAAUGAACAAGUCCGUUGUCUUGGAAGAAGUACAGCCAGAAUGCUCAUUAGAAGCAAGGAUGGUGAGAUGAUGCACAUAUUUUGGACACGUUGUCAGAAGGGACCAGUCCCUGGAGAAGGACAUCAUGCUUGGUAAAGUAGAGGGUCAGCAAAAUAGAGGAAGACUCACAAUAAGAUGGUCUGUAACAGUGGCUGCAACAAUGGGCUCAAACAUAAUGAUUAUGAGGAUGGUGCAGGACCGGGCAGUGUUUUGUACAUAGGGUCGCUAUGAGUCAGAACUGGCUUGAGGGCACCUAACACCACCACCACCAUCUGGCUGCUAUAUGAGCCAUCACAAUAAUCCUUGUAAGACAAAGGAGGACAAAACACCCCACAGAUGGUGCUCCCAACGCUUUAGUGCUUUGCUAGAUGCAGGUAUUAGUGGCAGAUAAUUUAUGACUAAUUCUUUAAGAGAACUGCUAUUUAGAAAAAAAAGAAUGAUUGGGCCUUUACUCCCUACACAACUGGGAUGCCCCAAAUGACACACCACCAUACAGAGGCCACUUAAAUUUAGUGCUGGACUUCGAUUCUAACGUGGGACUGUUCUCUUUACAUUCUUAAAAGUACUUUAAGGAAACAACCCAAAUGUCCAUCAACGGAUGAACUGGUAAGCAAAUCGUGGUCCACGCACACAAGGGAUUACUACUCGGCCGUAAAAAGGAAUGAAGCACUGAUACAUGCUAUGACACAGGGGAACCCUGAAAACACUGAAACAUGGUGAGAGAAAGAAGCCAAACACAGAAGUCAUAUAUGAAUGACCAGGGCAGGUGAACGCAUACAGAAAGCUGACUGCUGUUUGUCAGGGGUUGGGGGAGGGGAGAGGGGGACCGGAAUGGGCAGUUGCUUAAUGGGUUUGGGUUUCCUUUUGGGGUCUGAAAAUGUUCUGGGACUAGACAGAGGUGAAGGCUGCACAACACUGUGAAUGUAUCAGAUGCCACUGAAUGGUUCACUUUAAAAUGGUUAAUUUUAUGUUAUGUGAAUUUCACCUCCAUAAAAAACAUUUUUGAAAGUACUUUAAGGGCUUCCUUCUGUGGAAUUUUAGGGGGAAAAUAAUCUCAAGUACUACAGUGUGGCUCAGAACGGUGUCCAACAUCAAGUGUGCCAGAUGCCAGGUUGACACCUCAUGAUGACAUAAUUUGAAACUGGGUCAGCUAAAUAUCAUGUUUUGUCCAUAAACCUAGUCGGGCCCCAUUAACUUCUCAAGUGUAGAUGAGACAGCAGAAAUCCAUCCUGACUAACAGAAAAAUUCACCUGAAAAUUCAUGCCCUGCUGGCAGUGGGUGAAUGACAUCAUCCCUUGAGGGGAAGCAGCUUGCUAGAGCCCAAAGACCCAGCCAGCAUGGCCACACAACUUCCCACACAGCUGUGGGGUUAAAACACCACAGAGAGCUUGUUCACCCUCUCACAGACCAACCAGUAAUCUGAACUGUGUCUCUUAGUAGUCAAGUAGGAGUUCCUGGGUAGUGCGAACAGUUAAGUGCUCGAAGGCUGGUGUUUUGAACCCACCAGACACCUGGGAAGAAGGUCUCCAAAGGCGGCAGCCUUGAAAACACCGCGGCAGUUCUGCUCUGCGCACACGGGGCUGUCGUGAGUCGGAACAGACUCCACGGCGACCAACUAGAGAACCCCGUGCGUUUGCUGCGGAGAAUUGGGGACGGAAUGAAUGAUAUAAGGAAAAAGUUAAAAUCACACAUAACUCGAAUACUGUUGACAGUUUCUUUUUCGGUAUUUUCUUCUAUCUAUAUGAUUUUUCUAAACAAAACUGAAAUGUUAUUGUAAAUCAUGGUUUUUAAAUUCCUGUUUUGUUUCUGACUUCUCUUUUGACAGUGUGUGUGUUUUUCAAUGACCACCGUGUGCGUGUUUUUCCAAACGUGUCACCAUGAUCCACUCUGACCGCUGAGCACUUAAACUGCACCCACUUCUUCUGUUAUAAAUAAUGACGAGACAGGUUUUCCUUCUAGAACAAUGAACCUGAUAAAACCAGUUUUUAAGAACGUAAAUAAAUGAAGUAUAAUGGAGAAACCCAAUCAGGAUAGAAACAGUCAUUAAAUCUCAAAACUCCUCCAGGUCAUGGCACCAUGAAUUCAGUGAGGGUUUCACACAGAGUAGUAUCUACGGAGGCCCUGGGUGAUGUAAACAGUUAAUGCUCUCAGCUGCUAACCGGAAGGUUGGAGGUUCAAGUCCACCCACAGGCUCUUUGGAAGAAGGCCUGGCGAUCUACUCCUGAAAAAUCAGCCAGUGAAAACCCCAUGGAGCACAGUUCCACCCUGAUGCACACAGGGUCAUCAUGAGUCAGAAUCAACGUGACGACAAGUGAUAAUAUUAUCUCUAAGUAAAAACAACUUACUAAGCAAAAAAAAAAAAAGUAAAGAGAACUUCUAGGAGAUAAAUGUUAAAGUUAUUUUAAAA